UCGAUUAUGCGCCAAACUCCCGGCGUGGAAGUCUCAAACUAUCACCCAAUACGCCAUGGCUGGGAUUACCAGCAGCUUUCCCUUCAAGCCACUCCUGACCCGGACGAGCACCAAAACGACACUUUCACCACUCGAAUCCAAGCUCUUCGGAGUCCGCCUCCUCUGCUACCCUUAUGCCAUCAAGUCGAACUCCAGCUCCGUCUCCUCAAAUCUCACUGGCUCCAUCACCGCCCGCUACGGCGGCGGUUUCCGGCCCUCCGGCUCCGGAAAUUCCAAGCGUUUCCGGAAGAGCGACUCCGAUGAAGAUCAAGCUCUUGAUAUCUCCACCAUUAGGUCAGAUAAAGUGAGGCUAAUUGAUGACAAGCAGAAUAUGGUAGGAGUGGUGCCUAAAAGUGAGGCUAUUCAAAUGGCUGUGGAUGCUGAGCUUGAUCUGGUUAUAUUAUCCCCAGAUGCAGAUCCUCCGGUUCUCAAAAUAAUGGAUUACAAUAAAUAUAAAUAUGAACAGCAAAAGAAGAAAAGAGAACAGCAGAAGAAAAGUGCUGCCAAUCGUAUGGACUUGAAGGAGCUCAAAAUGGGUUACAACAUCGAUCAACACGACUAUUCUGUGCGUUUGAAAGCUGCAAGGAAGUUUUUGAACGAUGGUGACAAGGUUAAGAUUAUAGUGAACCUGAAAGGUCGUGAAAACGAGUUCAGGAAUAUGGCCAUUGAGCUUAUUAGACGAUUCCAGAAUGAUGUUGGGGAGCUUGCAACAGAGGAGGCGAAAAACUUACGUGACAGGAACAUGUUCAUAGUUUUGGUUCCAAAUAAGGCUAUUCAACAAAAAGCUCAAGAAGCACCAAAGAAAAGAGAUAAGUCAGCAGUAGAUGAAGUCUCGGCUAGUGUCUGAGUGCGUUUGAAAGUUUCUUGUGGGGUUUUAGAGAUAGAACAGUUACUAUGCGAUCUUCAUUUUUAUUCUUCAGCUAGAUUGGGGAUCAAAGAAAUCGUGUAUAGCAUUAUUAAUUGUAGCAACAUUAUGGUUUUUAAUCAUAGAAGCUGCCUUUUCAGUCUGGUAUAAA